CGACACUCGUCUAUGUAGAAUUUGCAAAUUUUGCACAAAUAAGUAAUGAAGUUGUCGCUCGAAUGACGGAAAACAAAACCCCGCCAACGAAUACCUUCCGCUCCCCAAAAAUAGAAUCUUCCCGUUACGGUCACUUGAGAGCGCUGAAGUGGUUUGUGGUCAUCCAUUUAACUGGAAUUCUUACGGUCAACUUAAGAGAGGUAUCACUCUUCUAAAAUUUAGAAGAAGAAAAAACUAUCUAUCUGGCCCAAGUGCCACUAGAGAAAAGCGUCAACGAUUGGAAUGCGUACCACUCGAAGUUUAACCAUUCGUAAUCGGUAAUGCUUCCGGGUUGGGAAGCUAAAAAUAGCUUUUUUCGGGUUGAAAUUAUUCCAAAUUCUAGCAAUUAUUUACAAUACCUUUUAAUAGUCAGUCACCCAGCAAAGUGGCGGCAUGUUGUAUCCGGCUUGCGAGUGCAACGUUCUUUAAUUUGAUGUUUUUGUUUCUCUUUGUCUUCGUAGUCUUCUGUUCAUGUCGAAACAGAAGAACGUGACAAACUGUUCACAUUACUGGCAAUACCCGUGUGGCGUUAGGAUUAGCUUAAUGAACUCGAACGGAUAAUUGAUGGCUACCCAUCCGAUGGAUAGUUUUCUCCAAUCAACCGGGUACGGAUUGAUAAUUGCGUGGAGACGCCUGGUUGCGUCAGUGACAAAUGUUGCCCGAGGAGGAUGUGUGCAAUUUUUGCAUAUGUUUAUGAUACGUUUUCGGGGGUGCUGUAAGAUGAUGAAGGAUAAUGAUUCUAUUGGUGUUGGGAAGAUCCCACAAAGAAGCGAGAAGAAUCAAUCACUAAAAUGACCCUAGAUUGCUAGAAAAAUUUAUAAGGUAUUAAAAUGAAUAAUCAAAUAAGAUAAAUAAAUUAACUAAAAAUAAAUAACUUUUUUUUAAAUAGAAAAAAAAAUUAAAAUAUAUUCUAUUUCUCUUGUUUCAGUCAAAACAGGGUUUGAAAUAUAAUUAAACGUUUGUUAAAUUUACAAUUACAAUAUUUAAAAAUGUUAAAAAAAACUACCAUUUAAACGACCCUCAUGUUCGCACUAACGCCAUCAUAACCCCACUAACACCACCCAUACGCUUGCCUAGCGUUACAUGAUCCGUCAUCCUAAAAAUAGCCGAGGAUCGCGCUUCUACUCGGAAACUACUUCGCGAAUGUAUUUGUCAUGACGAUGAUCGGACGCGACGGAUCCAACUGUUUCGUACCACCAAAAAAAAGUCCAACCAUCUUAUCGUUACACCAUCAGUCGAUCGUGGCGUCUCGAACGGUAAGCAACCGGAGCAAGCGACGAACCCUUCGACGAUCGCUAUCGGUAGUGCAGUGAUCAAAAGUGACUGUUUCUAGUGCGUGUGUUGCUUUAUUUGAAAGCAGCAUUUGUGAGGUGAUUAUUCUAAAAAAACGGUGAAUUUAAGUGAGUGUACUGAGGUGUUAAAUAAGGUGCAAAACGGAACUCAAGCUUCAGAACGGCUUACCAUUAUCGUCCAUCAAUAAUUCACCCGUAGUUGGCGUCUUUUAUGGACUUCUGUUGAAACAAAAAAAAAUCGGAGGACUUUAUAUAGAUAUUCCAACUAGAUGUGCUACUAGUUAUGGCCCAUUAGCUUUCAUGUUCUUUUCCGUGUCGUGCCGCGAAACGUCGACAAAACGAAAUCCUUAAAACGACCGACAGAACGUUAUCCUUUAGUGCGCUAGAGCCGGGUUGAAAUAUUUCACAAAGUUCUCGCAAGCAUUCAGGUGUAUUCAAAGCGAUCCGCUUCUCGACUGUACGAAGAUAAUCGAGCCAAAGAGAUAGAGAGAGAGAGAGAGCCCACGAAGCUUACUGGGGUGAUUCAUGAGUGGAUGAUGUCUCUAAGAACCGAACUCAAGCGAGUGCAAAAAAGAAUGGAACAUAUGAUUCUUGGUGCACACAUUUUCCUACCAACUCUACCGAACUGUUUCAAAAAGAAAUACGAAAAGAGAAACACGAAAAUCUCCAGCACACAGAUCGAGAAGCUCAAGAAGUAUGUGAAAGCAUAAGUCACGCGCGAAUGUUUCGACCGCAAAUCUUACCAUCCAUCCAUUUUCCCGCACCCGGGAAAAGGGGUUGAAAGGGCGUACCGUGUGUUGUGGCAUUUUGAUUUCAAGUUUUCCAUUCACUUGCAAUGGAUUGUGUGUAGGUAAAGUUGUAAAACAUCUACAAGACGUAUAACCUUCCCGGUGAGCGUUUGAGCGUUUUGGGCAAAAAAACACCCCGGUUUUCAACCCCCCCAAAAAGACUGCACCACGAGCUGCGAACGAAACGGACAAGAAGCGGUUCUCAAGAAGCAACAUCAGCUGGUCGUUGUGGUGGAAAAUUCAACGGAAAGAAUUUUACCGACUGCUUCCCCGUGCUAGCAAGGUGCAGGCAAACAGUGCAGAACGGUGCAUCGAUGUGAAAAUCGUGCUGCCCCUUCCUUCCAGCCACACAUGAACCACACCGAUGAAUGCCGAAUGAAAUUAGAUUUAUGGGUUUUUAAGUGCUUUAUUGUAUAAAGGAUUUCGACGAAGGCGCGAGCUGAAAUACGGUGCAAACAUAUACACACAAACACACGUACGUACACACGUACCACAGACACGUCGUGAAGAUUUGGUACGAUUUUUCCGGUUCGUUUGAAAUGUGUGUGUGUUGUUUCCUCUACAUCGCCGGUGGUGUAUCCUCUUGCACUGGCAAACGCGGGUAAAAAACAUCCAAUCCCAAAAGUGCAUCAUCACAUUCUUCUUGCUUCGCUGUUUGCGUGUGUGUGUUUGUCUGUGUGCAACAAGGAAGUGACUUUUCCGGAGCGAUUUUUCCCGUGUCAAUAUUCCCACGUAUAGCUCCGUGCUUCAGUGCUCAUCCCGUUCGUUUCGGCUUUCGAACUCUUGCGUGUAGCUUUGGUGCAGUGCAUUUUGGGGUUUUGUUUUUCCUGUCUUUCAUCAACCCCAAAAUCUUUCCCCUUUUCCUUUCGACAGGAGCGUAUUGGAAGUGACGAUUUUGGUCCGCGUGUUUUUUUUUUCUUUCAAACGGAAGAAAAUCGACGAUGCCACGACGUUUGCUGGCAGGCUGCUGCAGGGCGAACUGCCGUGUGGUGUGCUCUAGUUCACUGCCACUGUUACUACUACUACUACUGACCGGAACGGAAGUACGUGGACAUGUUAGUGAACCCAGCAGCAGCAGCAGCAACUCCGUGCGUACGGUAAUGGAUCUGAUGGAGGUGAUGCUGAAUCGGAACAUUCUGGAUAUGUUGAAAAACGGUGGCUUUGACUUCCGGGAGCCGGCUCGCAUCUUUCUGCCACCGAAGUUUUACUCCAUCGUCCCGCUCGACCAGGGUCACAUGAGCCCGGACCAGAUCUUUACGUACGACCAGCAACGGAUAGGUUCUACCGGGCAGAGUGAUGCCUUCCCCUCAUCGGUCACAUUCGGUGGAAAAGCCGACCGGCAACCGAAACCAUCUGGUGUGGUGGCCGGAGAUAAACCUACCGUCCGGGAUGCGGUGAGUGAAUCGGGCGGCGGUAGCAGGAUCAACUUGAUUUCGUAUUCCGAUGGCAAAGUGACGACAGCCGGCGGUGUCGGUAAUGGUAGGCAACCUGCGGUGACCAAUAAGGGAAGCGAAACAUUAGAGAAAAAUGUCGCUACAAAUGGGCUGGUGGGUGGGGUGCCGACGAUGGCAAGAAUGAAUUUUCAAGAACGAAUCAACGGAAAGGAAAUGACGCCAGCAAACGAGCAGCAACAGCAGCAGCAGCAGCGAUGGCAGCCAUCCCUAACGACCUCGAUAACGGAUCAAACGGUGUCACAAAAUGUCGGCCGCACACUUCCGACAUCCGGUCGAUUCAGUGGUGGGAGUACGACGGAUCGGCUACGUUCGGCACUGCCCGGUGAACCGGAUGUCGAUUAUCCGAUUUUGAGCAGCGUACCAACGACUCAGUUCAGUUGUGAUAAGCGCCAUCAUGGUUAUUAUGCGGAUGUCGAGACGCGGUGCCAAGUGUUUCGCGUGUGCGCCAACACAGAUUCAACCGGGCGUGGAUUUGCCUUCCUCUGUCCGAACGGGACACUCUUCAAUCAGCGGCAUCUCGUGUGCGAUUGGUACAUGAAUGUGCGGUGCGAGGAAAGUGAGAACUUUUACCACGUGAAUGAUGCAAUCGGUGGCGCGGGUGGUGGACGAUCGAUGGUAAGCGAUAAUCGGCAGGAUAUGAUGAAGGUUGUCAUGUCGAUGGUUACCUACCCGAUGCGUUCACUGAUGGACAUGAUGAACGGUGUCGGUGUGAUUGAGGAGCGUACAGGAGGUGGUGUACAGGAGCAGUUGGUGGAGGUUAAAAUGCCACCGUCUUCUAGACGAGAAGAUUACGUGACUCCUGGUACGGGUCUAGAGCCACCAUUCAAUCGGGAGCAAACGAGAAUUACCGGAAGCGUAAACAAUUUCAGCCCCGUAAUGAACAAUUUCGUAGCAGGUGUUAGCUCUCCCGUUGCUCCUCCUGCAGAUCAACGAUUGUCGAAUGUAUUCCGACCAAAGCUAGACAAUGUUUAUGUGUCUAGUCUUGGCACAUUGUCCACCGAUCUGGAUUCUGGAUUCGAUCCACUAAGGUCUACGCUGCUUAGCAACACUGAUGGCACUGUAGGACAAAUGAUUGGAGUACCUCGAGCGGAUACGUACGGAGUUGUAAAUAUGUAUCAGCCAACUUUUGUAAGGCCUGCAGUUGCGACGGAUAUUCAACUGGUCAGGGCUGAUUUGGUGAAAUCGUGGGACGACCAAUCGGAACCAUCACCUCCACAGCAAGCCUCAUUGAAGCUGGCCCCGGUAUUGCGAACACAACCCCAGCAAACCGCAACACCUCUGCAUAAGUUUCAACCGCAACAUCAGACAACGCACAGUGUCCUCAAGCAAGGCACGAUACUACCACCGACCGGUGUUCUGCCACCAUCCAGCUUUACACGCACGGUUUCGAUUGGCGGCUCCAAGAAGUAUGCGGACCCAUCGGUACACCGGUUUGCUCCAGUGCGCACGGUACUUCCCAUCCAGCAGGUAACCGUUGUACCGGAAAACUCGUACCAGCUGCAUAGCAACUUUCACACACCGUUGGGAAACUUGUACCCGGCGAAUACUCCAACGUACAGAACGAUCCCGAUGGCUGGUAGUGGUUCCCUUCCGGUUCAGACAAUGUAUGUUCGAUCGGGAGCAAACUAUCCUUACACGGGUCAACCCCAAACAUAUGCUCCGGUAGAACGGUCGCCUUAUCAGUACACCAAGACGCAACAAGCGCCGGUAGGAUAUAAUCGCGAUACAAGUAAUACACCUACGCAGCUACUUCGCCGUAGUGAUGUACCUCGGGCAACCGUCCCGGCGACCAACGUAAGCCCUCGAAGGCUAAAAACCACCACCGUGUUACAGGUGGUACCGUCGCUAAGCUUUUAUCUGAACGAUGCACAGGAAAAGCGAGCGUUCGAUGAAGCGGUUCGGCAGGGACUGUUUGACGAACGGAGACGCCGGGCUUACACAUCGUAUGAUGCACCGUUGGGCAGUGUGGGACGACUCGGAUCCAUGGCUUAGUUCACUGGCUAAGAGUUAAUGUAAUUUAUUAGAAGCUCGCUAAGACAGAGCUUAAAAGAAACGAAGCGAGGAAAAAAAACAAAAAACACACCCAGGUGAAGUGACUUUGAAUGCGGAACGGAUAAGAAUAGCGUCACGCGUUGCUGAAUAAUUCUGAUUAUGAGAUUAUGCAUAAGAAUAAAGCGCAAAAAGGCGGAAAAUAAAGUAAAAAUCAUCUCUAAAGUGAUUCAUUUCAUUCUUUUUUUUGUGUUAAAUAUAAAACACCGCAACCCUGAAUGGUUGAGGGAGUGGAAAAUGGGAAAACCUUUUACCCCAGCGGGGUGGUUUAAUUCCAGUGCUCUUUGUCGAUCUUUGUUUUUUUCCUCUUCGUUUCGUUUCUCUUAACCUUAGCAAAUUGUGGCAAAGAAAAUUCAACACGAGAAAGAAAGAAUAAACGCUCGUAUGCAACAGCCGUGCAAUCGAAUCGAGUUACGUUUUGCUUGAUCAUUUCUCUAAUCUUAUACCCGAUACUGAAGUGCUGCUCUCUGGAGGUGUUUUGCUGAAAGGAGUUUUCUUUCUUCUUUUACAUGGAAUUACAUUUUUACAUUCCCGGGGAAAGGAAUCCAAUCAGCAUGAUCAGCAAGCGGAGAAGGAAAUUUGAUUCAUCUUGUUACACGACACGGAAUGCACGAGGCGCGGAAAGGAUGUUGUGUAAGGGAUGUUUUAAUGAGAUUGUACCAUUGUAUUGGUUCCAUUUCUUGAGCUAUUCCUGUGUUGCACCCUGUUGAGAGAGGGGGUUUAUUUUUUUUUUCGUUCCGAUGUACAGGGCUUAAAUAAUGCAUUCAUUGUCCACGCGAAUGGAAAGAAGUACGGGUUGUAAAUGAUUAAUUUAUCGAUUUUAUUACAUUUUACAUUUUGCUGCUAUCAAGUAUAGAAGUAGAGCAAGGAAAAACUAUUUUUUUUCAUAAAAACUCUAUAUUUAAUUUCAACUAUUUGCUUUUCUUUCUAUUUGUUGAAGCUCUCUUUAAGCUCACAUAUUUCCCUGUAGAAAACAACGCACCCCCUGCACCGUUUGACCUUUUAAAGUGUUUUUAAAGCAAUUCAUUUAAUGCUUUCAUUCAGCGCUUUUUGGUGCAAUAGCAUCCAGGGGAAAAGCUUUAGCGAAAGCCACCCACACAACGCAU